AUGGAAAAAAAACAUCGUACGCAAUCACAUAUUAUUAACUUCUUCAUUGUGGAUAAUGUUGUUGGUUGUUCUUUACGUAAAUCACAAUCAUGUGAUGAUAUUGUAAUAGAUGAUGACAAGGUACUUGUUUAUAUAGAUGGUAUUGUAAUUGGUUCAGCAGUCGAUGGUGCGCAACUUGAUGAUAAUAUUGAUGUUAAAGAUGAUGAUGAUGCCUAA